AUGGACGUCUACUCCAUCACAUUCACAUUGCCGCGCAAUGCCGCGUCCGGGCCCUUUGGCAUGGCGAACAGCCCCGCGACACACCUUCAGUCCAGCUCACAAAGCCUCCUCUCCCCCGGCUCGACCUCAGAAGCCAGUCUCAAUCUUCCCUCCCCAAUUGGGCCUGCAGCACCGCGUCAGUCGGCACCGGGACCCAGCACUGGUAGAUUACAAUCCAUGCGCUCAAGAUUCCCACCUAGCGUCAAAGCUUUCAUGCCCAGCGCCUUUGGCGGCAGCAAGAGGGCCAGUGAGCGGAUAGCGGAAGCUGUAGGUCCUGGCUCAGAGAAGUCCGAAGGGGAAGGGGAGGAUCAAGAACCGUCGGCUCCUGGCGCCAUUGGUGAGGGUCUCAAAAUGGAGAAGUCUGAAUCCAAGGACUCCGUCAAACCUUCACAGUCUGUGGAUCCAAGGCCAACGGCAGGGAGCCCUUCGCAAUGUUAUCAGCCUGGAGUCAAGGAGAACACCCAGCUUGUAGAGCACGCAGCUGCCGAAGCGAUUCACUCUGCGGAUGACAGCAAAGUGCCCAAGCCUGCGGCUGCUGAUCUGGCUCAAUCGGGAAAGCUGCGAGACUCAAGGUCGACUGUCGACACGCAUUCAUCCCUCGACUUUGGAUCCAGGGGCUCUGUGUCAGCAGAAAGUGUCAGUGGAAGCGCGGUAGCCGGUGCUGGCGCCUUUGGCACACCGGGUGGUACGAGCACACGAGCGACGUCAGAAUUCAUUCCCAGCGCUACACACAGUGCCCAGCCAAGUCUCUCUACGUCAGGCAUUGGGCCUCAGCCGACGGGCGCUGAGCUAAGCGAUGCCAUAGCGCGGCUCGCAACUGAUGCGAUGAAUGUCCAUCAAUGUUUGAUUGCUGUCUCGCCUGUCGAGCUGGAUGAUGGAGCGGGCGGAGCGUCUUCGAGAAACUUGCGCCAGAGCCAAUCCAGCUUUUCUAACCCUGGAAGCUCACCAUUCCCCUCUCAACCGCUACCCGCUCCGGCAUCUUCACCGUUCCCAAGCACGUACCCGUAUCAGCAGUAUGCUCAAGGCUUUGGACACGACAUGGCAAGUGCUUUUCCUUCUCGAAUGGGUAUGGGCGUAGGUCCAGCUGGCGGCAUGCUCGGCGUAGCUUCGCCAUACUCGAGCAUUCCGAUGGGCAGCUCAGCCUCGCUCGCUUCGCAGCACAGCCUUCAAGCAGCACCCCCCACCAUGCAAAUACCGCCCUCGCAACCUCCACGCCCUACCAUUCAGCACCACAGCUUUCAUCUCAGCGGCGGCUACGCUCAGGUAAUGAGCGCGCGCGGUGCCAUUCUUCGGGACGCCCCAUUUCGAGCUCGCAGCGUGCUUAAGGUACCCCGUGGAGACAUAGUACAUAAUGCCGCUGACCAGCAUGCAGGAGGCACUCCAACGUUGAGUCAGCAGUCCUCGGUUGGCCAGGCCACCGAAACUCUCAAGCCCCAUGCUAGAAGCCGCUUGGACACGAUCUCUGCGCAGACCAGGACGCACGUGUCGUGGACGAGCACCGAGCCGCGCGGACGCGAUCUUGGCUAUGGCCUCGAGACCGAAAGAUCUGUAGAGCUGGCCAUCACUGGUAACUUCGAGGGCGUCGAACAGGCAAGAGUGCGGAUCAUGGUGAUGUUGGACGAGUUGAAUGGCUUGCACACAGAGAUGUGUGAGAUUGACUACAAGCUGCACAAUAUCAUCGGCGGUCGCAAACGCUGCGUCAUCCAGAAGAUUCAGGAAGAAACAGCGACCAAUAUCUACCUUCCCACCUCCUUUUCUAACAUUCUGUCAACCGUCACCGAUUCGGACCCUGAUUUCCUGGCGAGGCAAAACACCAUCUACGUGACUGGGGACUUCUUCGGAGCUCAGCGAGCGCGCGAUAUGCUGUAUCAGGUCUCCGUCCACAAGAGCAAAGGCAUCAUCUCACGCGACACCGCAAUCUUGCCCCGCAAAGUCGACUGGAUGCUCAUGGAGCGCUUGGAAGAGUUGAAGUCGGCAAUGCUCGACAAUGGCACCUUUAUCAACUUCCCGAUGCUUGGCGGUCAAGCAACCGUCAUCUCUGUCUUUGGAGACAAUCGCGUCAGCAUUGAACGGACCAUUCGAUCGGUCAUGAGCCUGACUAGUCAGUUUUACACAGCAUCGCUGUGGCUGCUGCCAUUGGCCUACGACGCCUUUUCUCAGACUGCAAUGCUCGACAGUGCGCAGCUAUCCUCUGCGUUGAAGGACAUCAGCAGCACAUCAGGAGCUGAGCUCGUCUUCAAAGGCAAUUGUUUCGAGAUGCAUGGAUUGGAGAACGAAGUCCGUGCUGCUGUGAGCUCUCUCUUGGACUUGAAGGCAGUGCGACCGUACAAUUUCGAAGUCCGCUUCCAGAUCGAGCUUGCCAACGACCAGAGGGAAUUCAUCAGUGGUAAGAAGAACGGAAAGGUCAACAAAAUCAUGAAACAGUGCGGCGUGCGAAUCAAGUUCGACGCAUUCAACGACUACAACUUCCUCAUUGAAGUUUCUUCGAACGAUCGAACAGGCGCUUUGCAGGGUCUUGCAUUCCUGCAGGAGGAGCUUCCAGCAGAAAUCUCUUUCCACGUCCCCGAGGCCUAUCACAAGCGCAUCAUUGGUGUUGGCGGAAAGAGCAUACAGCGCAUCAUGAAAAAGUACGGUGUCUACGUCAAAUUUUCAAAUGCUGAAGAAUUUGCUGCUCUUGGCGGCUACGUAGACAAUGAAGACAACGUUGUAGCUCGCACUCCAGCAAAGAACGCCAUCAACUUGGAGAAUCUUAAGCAAGCUGUCAUGGAGCUUGUCAAUCCCAAAGAUAAGGACUACACAAGUGAGACUGUUGCGAUCGCGCGCCGCUACCAUCGCACUCUGCUGGGUGAGAAAGGUACCUUCAUUCAUGACAUUGAGAGCAAGACCAGCUCCACGGUGCGCUUCCCGCCCAAGGAGACUGCCUCCGACCUGGUCUCCAUCUUCGGUCCAGAGUCUCAGAUUCACAUCGCAGCACAAAUGCUCCUCGAUCAUGUUCCCUUCGAGGCAGAAUUUCGCACGCCCCACUCUGCCGAGCUAGAGCAGCUUGUCUCCGCCCAUGAAUUUGUCGCGCUCACUGAGCGAGUCAAACGUGAUCUCAACAUCACAAUCGUACCUGUCGUGGGAACUUCAAAGAUGGACGGAGCAGCGAGCAGCUCAGCAAUCGCGCCGCCGAGCUUCGCUGGCACCGAGACACUUUUUAAGCUCAGGCUGAACCGUAGCAACGCAGAUUUCUUGCCUGCCGCAAAGGACGCACUCGAAGAUUUCCUAGUUUCGCGCAACAUCAAUGUCUACGACUCACCCAAGAGAACGCGCUCGGACUCUUUCGCGUCGUCUUUCCCGCAUUUUGCCACGAAGCUCAUCAGUACCGCCACAGAAUCGACGGACUCUUUCCAGACCGAUAUUCUGCGCUACCAAUACAACAAUGAUCGGUCUAGAUUGCGAACCGCUGCAAGCACUCCCGACAUCAAAGCUCUUUUCGACACGCCGUCGCAUUACUCAGCUCCUGGCUCAGCCUCUGUCGUCUCGCACGGGCAUCACUACACAACCUCGGCGCUGCCAGGAAGUGGCUCAAGCAUGCCAGCAAUGAUGGGCUUUACGCCCCGUAAUCAGCCGUCGAACUCUCCGAUGUUACCUUCGUCGAUGUAUCCAUCGCCAUACGCUGAGUCUCCCAUCGCCUCAGCUCCAGCACCGUUCAGCAGCGAUGUAUGGGCUCCGCCCCAGAUAUCACCCGCUCACGCUUCUGGAGCUGGUAUUGCAUUUCCGCACCACACGACUCGGAUGUCGGACGACGUGGGACUGAUUCACAAGAACAACGAUCCGCUCAGCGAAGAAGCACGACGAUCAGCAUUGAGGAAGCCUCGCUCUUUUGCCCAUCGAGCUCAGCCGAAUCAUCGUACUCAAUCACUGGAUAUCGGCGCGCUGGCGUCUCAGCAGGCAGCUCAAGCUAUCGCAUCCGGCUCUGUGCCUCGUCCCUAUGGCGCCAUUGGAUCCAACGCUGGCUUCAUGCCGCCUGCAGGGGCCCAGAUGCCCCCCGGGGGUGGUGGAUUUGCGCCUAGUCACGCCUCCACGUCAAGCAUCUCCCGAGUGGCGCCAUCGGCAACCAGAGGGCCUGUGCCCGAGCCUGCCACGAUGGAUGAAGUCUCUCGCGUGCUUUCGCAGCUAGCUUUUGACCGACACUAA